UUGAAUGCUAAAUUCAUUUCAUUCUUUGAUAUUUUUACAAGCAGAUAAGAAUAAAAUAAGGACGAAAGAAAUGAAUAAAAAUGAAAGCAUAUCGUUGUUAAAAAAAUUAAUGUUAUUAGCAAUUUUAAAACGCCAAAGAAAUCGAAGAAAAAAGAAAAAUUUCGAAUCACUGAACAAAACCAAAAAUAGUUAUGAAAAUGCUGUUGAUAAUAUUGGUUUAGUGGAUUAUCAUAAUAAAGUGGGCAAUGAAUCCGAAAGUUCUGAAAACGACUUUGCAAAUGAAAGCUACUCCAGUUCAAGUAGUUGUAAUAUUAAAAAUAAAAAUUCUGAAUGCAUUAUAACAUAUAGUUUUGACAAACAUACUAAAGCAAUAAAUAAAACUUUAAUACAUCGAGACAAUACAGAGUUAAAAGAAAUAAGAGAACUAACUAGCAAAAUAACUUAUAGACGAGUAAUAUGCGAUAUAUGUGGAAAAUCAUUUAACGAGAAAAACUUUAGGUUUCAUUUAAAUAUGCAUAAUAAUCAUUUUCCUUAUAAAUGUAUGAUAGAUAAUUGUAGAAGAGCAUUUACUUCCGCCCAAAUGCUUAAACAACACCAAAAAUUUCAUGUAAAAGAAAAAUGCUUUAAAUGUGAAUUUUGUGAUCGCACAUUUUAUAUGCCCAGUUCUUUGAAAAAACAUCGUUUGCUACAUUUUGACCCAACUAUUGAAUGUCAAAAAUGUGGCAAAAAAUUUCAUACAAAGAGUUCUCUUAAAAUGCACAUGGAAAAAAUACAUUUGCGUAUUAAAAAGUUCGUGUGUAACAUUUGCGAUAGACCGUACUUCAAUCAGAGUAGUUUACGAAAUCAUUUAAUGGUAACUCAUAAACAAGAAUUUACUUCUCAAAGAAUAGCGAAAUAAUAUUUUUAUUAAUAUAAUACCUAGGUACCUAGGUGCACAGAAAAAUUGUUUUUCUAUUUUUUGAUUAAAAAGUUAAAUAGGCAAUAACAUUGGUUGUUUUAAAACUAGUUUUCUUCG